AUGGCGAUCCUCAUCUCCCGUCCCCUUUCCCUCUUCCUCAUCCUCCCCACAACACUUCGACUCCGGAGUCUCCAAGCCUUUCUCCCCGCUCUCCACGGCUCGCUUCCCGCCCAACUAUACUCAUGCCUUAUACCCCUCCCCCUCUUUCUUCUCUCCACCUAUCUACCCCCCAUCAUCCUUCUUCCACUUCUACCCUUCCUCCCGACAGCCAAAGCCGCAGCCCUCCCGCUGGUUGAACUCUGUCUCCUUGCGGCUGUUGCUGGUCUCGGCGUAGGUCGCCAUCGCGUUCCGGCCAUCGCCGUCGCCAUACCUAUCUUUUAUGCGCCGCCACCGAUCAUCGCAAAUCCCUUCAUCACUUUUCUCUCCCAAUACGCCUCUUCUAUUGUCAUUUCUCUUGUAGCAUGUAUCGUCGCCACACGCUCUUUCGCAGUAGCAGAGUUUCGUGAACGCUUUCUCGCCCGCCGUCCCCCCGCUCCACCGAGAGCUAAGAGUACGCGACGAAGACAGUCCUCGGCAUUCUCGUCUUUGCUUCGAAAAGUCUUUCUGUACACCCCUACCCAUUUCUUCACCCUCUUACUUUUUACUGCUGUUUUCAGUUUUUCAGAGCAAGCCCUAGUGCCUUCCGGCAUCGCCCUUGCCGAGCGUCUGCACCCUCGUCGCAUGCCUACAAACUACUCAAUUCUCGCCCAAGAACGCGGCCCCACCGGAUUAAUUUCAGUCGUCCAGCUCAAAGGGCAGUAUCGUCUUCUCACCGCAGAUAUGUCCGUCCUCGGCGGACGUCACACCCGCCCUGGGUUUGCGCAAGAUACCGUCUUUGCCCAAUUUUAUGUGCACGAGGCUGUGCGAUUGACGAAGCGACCAGGGGAGUCUCCCACCGAGAAAGGCGGGAAGAAUGGGAACGCGCUGUGUCUGGGGUUGGGGGUCGGUAUAGUUGCAGAUGCUUUUCAUAGGCUGGGUUCUAGUGUCGUCGCGGUAGAGAUCGACCCUGUUGUUGCAAGAUACGCGAAACUCUACUUCGGAAUGAGUGCGCCGAAUGUGACGGAGGCGGAUGCUGUGGAAUUCCUGGAGCAGGCCAAUUCAACCAGAGAAAGAUACGACUACAUUGUCCAUGAUGUGUUCACAGGGGGCGCUGUACCGGCUGAGCUUUUCAGCAUGGAUACAUGGCGAGCAACACGAGACGUGAUGAUGGAGGAUGGCGUGCUCGCAGUCAAUUUCGUUGGUGCAAUCGAUAACCCGCCGACAACACCAGCCACGGCCGCUGUCGCUUUAGUCUACGACAGGCUGAAGAAAGUGUUCGGUCAUGUAAGGGUCUUUUCCGAUGGCCAUGAUACUCGAACACACAACCUUGUCUUUUUUGCGUCGCCCGUGCCCGAACGUCUUACAUUUAGGGAUUAUGUUGAAGCGGAUCUCAUGGGUUCGGGUAUUCGGAAGCAGACACUGGAUACAUUCCAGCGUUAUGAAGUGAGUAGAGAUGCACUAGGACCGGGGGUGGCGGACCUUGAGGGGAGCGAUUACAUCUUAUACAUGGGGCAGUGGGAUACUUGCAGAAUACAUUUGCAACUGAUGACGACCAUUCAUCCUAGAGAAUUGUGGCCUGCUCUGUAUAUAAACGAACAGCUUGGCUGAGAGAGCCAGAUGCUGCUGUGG